GCUGUCAAAGCAAGUCUGGUGGCUGAGUGUGUAUUGUGGGUACUUGGUAGUUCUGUGAUCGUUCUGCAGGUAACGAGAGAGUACUGGGACCUUUCAACUUACUGCACAAUGAGUGCCCCUGAUUACAUGCAAUGUGCGGAGGACCAUCAGACGCUGCUUGUGGUUGUCCAGUCUAUCGGAAUAAUUAAAGGGGACAACUUCUUCAAUGUAUUUAAGCGUAUCUCAUCUGUGUCUCAAGUUAACGUAAGCAAUUCUCAACGCUCACUCUACAUCCGCUAUCGGCAUCAGUAUUCUGUAGAAAACAAUGAGUGGGGAGAUUUUCAGACCCAUCGCAAAGUAGUUGGUCUCAUCUGUAUCGCAGAUUGCACCUCACCCAAGGAUUUGCCUCAGAUUUUCUCAAAAUUUACCCAACAAAAGGAGGCUUACAGUUCAACACUGUAUGAUUCCCGCCUGUUUGUUUUUGGACCACAUGAAGAGGUUGCAGACCAAUCCCGCAUUGAUGUGGUGUCAUACCCUAGUUAUGAAAAUUGUGAGGCAGUGGAAAAGCACGUAGAGGAUUUCAUCGAAUCUCUCUUCAUUGUUUUGGAGUCUAAGCGUCUUGAUAGAACCAGUGAGAAGUCUGGAGAGAAAAUACCUCUUCUUUAUGUACCUUACGAAAAAAAGGAUUUUGUGGGUUUGGACCCCGAUAGCAGGCACUACAAGAAACGUUGCCAGGGGCGCAUGAGGAAGCAUGUGGGUGACUUGAGUUUGCAGGCGGGGAUGCUGCAGGACGCGCUGGUGCAUUACCAUAUGGCGGUGGAGCUUUUACGUGCUGUUAAUGAUUUUGUGUGGUUGGGAGCUGCUCUGGAAGGGUUAUGUUCUGCAUCUGUUGUACAACAUUACCCUGGAGGAACUGGAGGAAAGCACAGAGUUCGUAGAACCCAGAAUAUAGCGCUGUCAGCAGAGGCCAAUAAGAGACACCGCCCAGGUGCUCAAGAAGUUCUCAUUGAUCCAGGUGCCCUCUCUACCAAUGGGAUAAACAUGGAUGCCAGCACAGAAAUUGGACGAGCUAAAAAUUGUCUCAGCCCUGAAGAUAUCAUAGAGAAAUACAAGGAAGCAAUCUCCUAUUAUGGAAAAUCUAAGACAGCCGGAGUGAUAGAGCUGGAAGCCUGUGUGAAAGCCGUUCGAGUCCUGGCCAUACAGAAGAAAAGCAUGGAGGCUUCUGAGUUCCUGCAGAACGUGGUAUACAUCAACCUUCGCCAGCUUUCUGAGGAGGAGAAGAUCCAGCGGUACAGUGUUCUCUCCGAGCUGUACGAGCUCAUUGGAUUUCACCGCAAGUCGGCUUUCUUCAAACGCGUAGCAGCCAUGCAGUGUGUGGCUCCCAGCAUCCCAGAGCCUGGCUGGAAAGCGUGUUACAAGCUUCUCCUUGAAACCCUGCCUGGCUAUAGCUUGUCUCUGGAUCCCAAGGAUUUCAGCAAAGGUACCCACAAAGGAUGGGCUGCGGUACAGAUGCGCCUGCUUCAUGAGCUUGUCUAUGCGUCUAGAAGGAUGGGGAACCCAGCUUUGUCUGUCCGACAUCUGUCUUUCCUUCUGCAAACCAUGCUAGACUUCCUGUCAGACCAAGAGAAAAAAGAUGUUGCGCAGAGUCUGGAAAGCUACACAUCCAAAUGCCCUGGCACCAUGGAGCCCAUUAAACUGCCCGAAGGGUUAACCCUUUCUCCUGUUCCAUUCACUAAGCUGCCCAUUGUCAGGUCAGUGAAACUUCUUAACCUUCCAGUAAUAUUGCGACCACAGAAAGUAAAAAACUUACUUGGCCAGAAGCUUUCCACAAAAAGUCCGUUCAUCUACUCACCUAUCAUUGCUCACAACCGAAGUGAGGAGAAGGACAAGAAAAUAGAUUUCCAGUGGGUUCAAGGAGAUGUGUGUGAAGUUCAGUUAAUGGUCUACAACCCAAUGCCCUUUGAACUGAGAGUGGAGACCAUGGGCCUCUUAACAAGUGGAGUUGAGUUUGAGUCUCUCCCAGCAGCUCUGUCACUUCCUGCUGAAUCUGGCUUGUACCCUGUUACAUUAGUUGGCGUACCAAGAACUACAGGACAGAUUACAGUCAACGGUUAUCACACAUCUGUAUUUGGAGUAUACAGCGACUGUCUACUGGAGAAUCUUCCAGGACUGAAAAACAAUGGUUGUACAGUUGAUGUGAUUCCUGCGUUGCCAAGACUACAGAUCAGCACUUCCCUUCCAAGAUCUGCUCAUGUCUUGCAGCCGUUAUCAGGUGAAGAUGUGUCUACUCACGUUUCUGUACAGCUUUAUAAUGGUGAGACACAGAAGCUUGUUAUAAAGCUGGAAAAUAUUGGGACGGAACCACUAGAAAACCUUGAGGUCACCUCAAAAAACUUGAACAAGGAAAAACUGUAUGGAGAUUUUCUGACCUGGGACCUGGAACAGACUCUUUCUCAGUUUCCUUUAAAGCCAGGAAACACAGCCGUUUUAAUAGUGUUUAUCAAGGUGAAACUAGACUUUUCCUGCCAGGAGAACCUCUUGCAAGAUCUUAAUGAUGAUGGAAUCAGUGUUAGUGGCUUACAGAUUUCCAGUCCUUUUCGGCAAGUUGUGAAACCCAGGUUGGAAAACAAACCGAUCAGCGCACCAGAGGUUAAUAAGAGCACUGAUUUUAGCCAUGUGAAGACACUGGAAGGCAUCUUACAUUUUAAAUAUUCUGGGGGCCCAGGCCAUGCAGAAGGGUAUUACAGGAACCUCUCCCUGGGACUGCAUGUAGAUGUGGAGCCGUCUGUGUUUUUCACUCGUGUAAGCACCCUACCAGCCACCAGCACAAGGCAAUGCCAUCUGCUCCUGGAUGUGUUUAAUUCAACAGAACAUGAGUUAACCAUUAAUGCCAAGGACAACGAAGACCUCAUCCUUCAUGCUGGCGAGUGUCAACGCAUGGCAAUUCAGGUGGAUAAAUUCAACUUUGAAAACAUUAUGGAUAGUUCUGAAGAAGAACUUCAGUUUGUGAAUCAACAAGAGAUAGAAGAAGAGAGACACCAGGCCAAAGGCCUCGAAAUCAACAGCAAGCUGGGCAUCCGCUGGAAGAUCCCAUCUCUGAAGCGUGAAGGAGAGGCAAGUGUCGAAGGCGUGUUAAAUCAGCUGGUCCUCGAGCAUCUACAACUGGCACCUCUCCAGUGGGAUGUGUUAGUGAAUGGAAAACCGUGCGACUGUGAUGUGAUUGCAGACUGUAAAGUUGGCGAUCCCAUACACCUGGAAGUCAGACUUACUAACCGCAGUAAGAACUCCGUAGGUCCCUUCGCCCUCUCUGUAAUACCAUACCAAGAUUACCAGAACGGAGUUCAUAACUACGAACUCCAAGACAUUGUUACCUUCGUUGGAUCCAACACCUUCUACAUAAGUUCUGUUCAGCCAUCAGAGAAUUCUAUCUGUUAUGGGGCCCUACUCUUCCUGUAUACUGGAGAUUUCUUUUUGGACAUCAAGUUCCAAGAUGAUAACUCGAACCGAGAGUUACCGUUAUCUUGGUUCUGCCUUCCGAGUGUUCACAUCCGUGCUAUGAAUACAAUUAGCGAGACUCCAUUUGAAUGAAAUUCCAUUCUUUCUGUAUUGUGAAUGAAUGCUGCACGUAACUGUAACUGUUUUGUUAGAUUCUUUUGUCAAUAAAAAUGUUUUAAAAAUUGUAAGGCUAAAAAAA